AAGUCUUAUCGAUACUAUCUAAAUCCCGCAGAUAAUUCCUACUGUUUGCCUGUGACUUAAAGAGCUCAGUGUAAUUCUUGCAUCCUGUAUUGCUGUGUUCAGUUACUGUGGAAUACUGUGCUGCUACAAGGAAUUCCCACACCAAGGCCAAGUUUGGGAAGGUUAUCAAGGCAGCAUCGUACUACAGAGAGAGUGAAGAAAGAAUGGUUAUUGGUGUAGAGGGACUUGAGUUUUAGAAGUUACAGGAAUAAGGAGGAGAAGAAAGCAAUAAUGAUACAAAGGUGUCAAUGUGUCGGUUAAAGCUGCUGGGAAGACCUAUGGGAAUUUAAAGUGAUUUAAAACAUCUGGUGUUAAUUGAUAAGGAAAGGAAAAGAACCAGAGAAGAAAGAUCUAAAGCAUGAAAAUAAAUAAAUAAAUAAAGUCACAAGAACAAGGAGGAGGAAGCACGAAAGGGACAGAGCUGAUGGGAAGACUUAUGAGAAAUUUGUGACUUCAGACAUCCUGUGUUGAUAAAAUGAAAGGAAUUUUAGUAGAAAGAUAAACUAAGAAGUGAAACAAAGCAAUAAAAGUCACAAGAACAAGGAGGAGGAGGAGGAAGACCAUAGAGGUGUUGUUAGAAUUUACAGAAUGGAGAAUGUCAAGGGAAAUGAAGGAGAGGCAGUGGACGGACAAGUGCAGCAGUCUUCCCAGGUGACAAAAAGCAAUGGUGAAGAAAACCACCGGGACUCUGGUGGCACCACAAAUGGGGGCACUGAGGAAGUGGAUGCCGGGGGACAAGGAACAACAGAAUCUGGGCUGGUCUCUAAUUUGGCAAGAAUGUCAACGGCUGCUGAGUCUCUCCGCUAUGCAGGGUCUCACAAGAAGCGUGGUCACUGUGUUAUUUUCAAUCAUCGCUACUUUGACCGUGUAACAGGUCUUGGGGAGCGCAAUGGAACAGACCGAGACAGAGACCAGGUAAAGGUGUUGUUUUCUCACCUGGAAUUUGAUGUGAAGGUGCACGACAACCUGACUGUCAAAGAAAUUCAAGAAAAUCUUCAAGAUUUGGCAUUUGGCACAGAUCACAGUGAGUGUGAUAUGCUGGUUGUGAUUUUUAUGUCUCAUGGAGAACAAGAUGUGCUUUGGGGCAGAGAUGCUCACUUCAAGCCUGAUAUACUGUUUGAAAGCUUCCAAGCAGAUCAGUGCAAGUCUCUUGCUGGAAAACCAAAAAUAUUCUUCAUACAGGCUUGUCGAGGGGAGGGCCUUGACUCCGGUGUUAAUCUGGUCCGCACUCGCCAUAUUGAUGAAAUAGACUCGGGACGAUUAGCCUACAAGAUCCCCACAACUGCUGACUUCUUGAUCUGUUGGUCCACAGUGCCAGGUCACUAUUCCUGGCGCAACACCACCAAUGGUUCAUGGUUCAUGCAAUCCUUGGUGCAGGUGUUGAGCAAGGAGGCAGCACAUGAGGACCUCCUCUCCAUGAUGACCAGUGUCAACAGACACAUGAUCCUGAACUUUGAAUCCAACACCCCAUCCCAGCAGCACAUGCAUGGGAAGAAGCAGUCAGCAAGCAUUGUGUCCACCUUGAUGCGGAAGGUUUACCUGGCCCCAAAGUAUUGACAUGAGUGUAAGGAGAAUAAAAGUCACAACUUG